CGCAAGUAGCGCGACAAAGCAUGGGACUCGGCCAAAACCUCGCUCUUGGCGUCGGGGUAGUGACGUUGGGGACGGUGUACGUGCUGCUGCACGAGGCGCGGCGGAAGGCGAAGAAGCGCGCUGCUGCGGAGCGCGACCAGCCCAUCGCCAAGGAGCUGCUGCUGCAGAUCCUGCACAAGGCGGCGGAGCACAGCAAGUCGGUCAUCCAGCGGAUCCGCGUCGAGGUUGGCAAGAUCAAAGAGUCGCGCAAUCUCUCCGACGAGCAGGCCUCGAUGCUCUUCCAGCAGAACUUCGAGCACUCCCUCGAGCAGCUGAUCGGCGCCAUCCGCGGACAGUACGGCGUCUCGGAAAAGGCCAUGGACGCCAGCUUCAAGCUGCACCAGGCCGACCCGCAGGUCCAGGCCGCGAUCCAGGGGAUGCGCCUCUCGGCAGAGGCGAACGGCGGCGGCGGCGGCGGCGGCGGCCGCGGCGGCGGCGGCGGCGCGCGCGCGCGGGCGAGCGGCGGCGGUCGCGGGCGCAGCAGCGCGGGGCAGGGGGGGAGCGGGCGGGCGCGGAUAGAGGAGGUUGCGCCGCUGCCCGAGUCGCUUACUCGAGACCGGCUCAAGGAGGUGAUGACGUACAACGCGGUUCUUCUGGAGAAGGAGCUGCUGCCGAUCAAGGAGGCGGCGGCGCGGCAGCGGCAGUCCGGCACGCAGGUCCAAGUCGACCCGCGUGCGCUGGCGGCGGUGCAGGGCCGCAUCUCCGCGCAGGUGCAUGCAAAGUACGGCGUGACCGACGAGCAGGUGAUGGCGGCCGUGGAAAA